AGGAAACCAAAAGAUUAAUAUGGGUUUCAUAUACAUAGCAUGGCUACUGUUAACCCAUAUUGUUAUGUUGGUUGCAGAGGCUAAGAAUGUCCCAGCCAUCAUAGUUUUUGGAGACUCAUCUGUGGAUUCUGGAAACAACAAUCAGAUAGCAACUGUUCUGAAGAGCAAUUUCAGGCCUUAUGGCCGUGACUUUGACGGUGGCCGCCCCACGGGACGGUUCUGCAAUGGCCGUGUUCCACCAGAUUUCAUUGCCGAGGCUUUUGGCAUUAAACGCUAUAUACCAGCUUACUUGGAUCCUUCGUAUACCAUCAAAGAUUUUGCCACUGGUGUUUGUUUUGCCUCUGCUGGAACUGGAUAUGAUAAUGCAACUUCUGCUGUACUAAAUGUGAUACCACUAUGGAAGGAAUUGGAGUUCUACAAGGAGUACCAAGCGAAGUUGAGAGCCCAUCUUGGGAUAGAUAAGGCAAAUGAGAUCCUUCGUGAGGCGUUGUAUCUGUUGAGCUUAGGAACCAAUGAUUUCCUUGAAAACUACUAUUUGUUGCCAACCCGAAGAUUCCAAUUUACCGAGACACAAUAUCAGGAUUUUCUCUUGGGCAUUGCAGAGAAUUUUGUUAAGGAAUUGUACGAACUUGGAGCCCGAAAAUUAGGCAUAACUGGGCUUGUUCCCAUGGGGUGUCUACCGCUGGAGAGGGCUAUAAACAUUUUGGGUGACCAUGGGUGCAAUGAAGAAUACAACAAUGUGGCAUUGGGCUUCAAUAACAAGUUAGAGAAAAAGAUCACAAAGCUAAGAAAGGAGCUCCCACUAUUGACACUGUUGUUCGGAAAUGCAUUUGACAUCUUAGCUGAUAUCUGUGAAAGACCAUCCUUCUACGGAUUUGAGGUUGUAGAGAAGGCAUGUUGUUCCACUGGAACAUUUGAGAUCGGCUACUUGUGCAGCGACAAGAAUCCAUUUACAUGCACUGACGCCAGUAAAUACGUGUUUUGGGAUGGCUUCCACCCUACCGAGAAGACAAACCGCAUAGUUUCAAAUUAUUUAAUUCCAAAGCUUCUAGCAACCUUUAAAUAGAUGAUCCAUUAUUUUCCUUUCAAAAAUAUAGUUUUACUGUGAUAAUUUAAAUAUAUCCUUGUCUACCAAUAUCCUUCGGAUGCGACAUUUAAUAUCGAUUGUCAUGCCAUAUAUGUAUACUAUUUCUACUUCCAAUGUUACCACACACAAAAAACAUGUAGACGACAUAAUUUUAGUGUAAAAUU